UGCUGCUGUGUAGUGACUAGUGUGUGUGCCGUUGCUGGGCCGUUUGUUUUGAUUUCCAUUUUGCCGGCUGUUUUUGCACAAGGAAUAAAAUAAUGGAAAUAUGGGUGAACCGGGUAUUAUAAAAAAGUUGAGUGAAGAAGUAGUUAACCGGAUAGCCGCUGGAGAAAUAGUUCAAAGGCCUUCUAAUGCUUUAAAAGAACUGAUUGAAAACAGUUUGGAUGCUAAAGCGACUAAUAUUGUGAUUACCGUGAAAGCCGGUGGUUUGAAGUAUUUACAGAUACAGGAUAAUGGCUCGGGUAUCAGAAGUGAAGAUCUAGAGAUAGUCUGUGAAAGGUUCACAACAUCUAAACUGCGUGAGUACGAUGAUCUGAAGGAGAUAUGCACAUAUGGCUUCCGUGGUGAAGCCCUGGCUAGUAUUAGCCAUAUCGCACAUCUUACUAUACUUACUAAGACGGGAACUGCUAAAUGUGCUUACAAGGCAUCCUAUGAAAAUGGGAAGCUGAAAGCCCCAAUAAAACCCUGUGCCGGAAACAAUGGGACUCAAAUAACAGUUGAAGAUCUGUUCUACAAUGUGAUAGCCCGUAAGAAGUCUCUUAGAAGCCCUAACGAGGAGUACACACAUAUUAUGGAGGUGGUCGGAGGUUAUUCAAUACACAACAGUCACGUGGGCUUCACGCUCAAGAAGUUUGGAGAAAACACUGAUAUAAAAACACCUAUGAAUUCUUCUGUUAUUGAGAAUGUUCGCAUUAUUCACGGCAAUGCCAUAGCCCGAGAAUUAAUGGAAAUAGAACUGGAAGAGCCUACACUGAAACUAUCUCUAAAGGGAUGUAUCACUAACGUGAACUACUCGCACAAGAAGGGCACUAUGUUACUGUUCAUCAACCAUAGACUAGUGGACUCACUGUCAAUAAAAAAAGCAAUUGAUUCAGUAUACGCGACAUAUCUACCGAAGAAUGCUCACGCUUUUGUUUACCUCAGUCUUGAAUUGGAUCCAAGAAAUGUGGACGUAAACGUGCAUCCAACUAAGCAUGAAGUACAGUUUCUAUAUGAAGAGCAAAUCAUAGAGAAGAUUAAAUCGUGUAUCGAAAGCAAACUGUUGAGCUGUAAUUCUACCAGGGUCAUGUAUACGCAGGCACGUUUACCAGGUGCUACAAUGGUGGAGGAUAUAGUUAAAAAUACAACAGACUCUGCUAAACCCAACCCUAGUUAUAUGGUCAGAGUUAACGCCGAUGUACAGAAAAUAGACAAAUUCUUUCCUACCGUAACCAAACCAAAUGAAACAACGGUUAAUAACAAUGAACCAAGUAAAACUGAAAACAAUACAAAACUACCUGAAAAUCCUGAAAUAGUAAUUGAUACCGUUCAAGAUGAUGAAAUACUCCAAAAUUCUAUAGUCGAAGAACCUAGAAAUGAAAAUAAAGGGACAGAAAAAUAUAAAACGCACACAGCUUUGGACCAAGCGAAUUUAUCGUACAUAGAUCCAAAGGAAUCGUUUAAAACGAGAACUUUUAAGUACGAACGCAUAGAAACUAAGUUGACUAGUGUAAAACAAUUGAGAUUAGAUGUUGAGAAUAAGUGUAAUAUGAAUCUGAGAGAGAUAUUGGCGAAUUUGAUAUUUAUAGCGUGCAUUGAUUGUCAUAAGUCUUUGAUACAGCAUUCCACUAAAUUAUAUUUGUGCGAUACGACACGGUUUGCAGAAGAGCUAUUUUACGAAACAUUGCUGUACGACUUCCAGAACUUAGGCCUAAUAAAGUUGUCCAGUCCACUGCCUUUAGAAGAACUGCUUGUACUGGGGCUAAGUUCACAGGAAAAUGAAUGGGAUCCAGAUUUAGGUGACAUGCGGGACAUGGCUCAACAAAUGGCUGAGCUACUGGUCAGCAAACGGAAUAUGCUUUACGAGUACUUCUCGCUUGAAAUGAGUAGCAAUGGAGAGCUGCUUGCAUUGCCGUUAAUAUUAGAUGGCCACACGCCGUUCAUGGGCGCCCUACCGACUUACCUCGUCCGUCUCGUCACAGAAGUCAACUGGGAUUCAGAAAAGGAGUGCUUCGACACUUUCAGCCGUCAGACCGCCAUCUUCUACUCCCAACCAAAUUCUGACCCUUCGCCAGAAAGUCAGAAGUCAGAACAAUGGCGACAGGAACAUGUUCUGUUCCCAGCUUUGAGAAGGAACUUCCUACCGCCGACUAGUUUUGUUCAUAACGGUGCUAUAUUACAGAUCGCUAGCUUGAAUGAUUUGUAUAAAGUGUUUGAGAGAUGUUAAGAGAAUAUAUUGAUGUUUAUAUAAAA